AUGGAUGCGACUUCAUCAACGGCACACGUCCGCGACGAGCCCGACUCGCGAAACAGCCUACGACACAUCCUCGCCGACCCGCCUGCGAUGGAGGACUCAAAGCCUACGCCCCCGUCGCUGCCGAACACGCCUGGUCCCGACGAAAGCCAGGGCGACUCGGAGGAUGUGCCCAAGUCGCAGCGCCCAUACUACACAGCAAACCCCACGACGAUGCGGCGCAACGCCAACGGUAGUGUCUCGUCGGUCUACUCUGGCAAUAAGAUCCGGCACCUGAAGAAGGACGACGGCAUCCCGCUCUGGCGCAAGGACAUCCAGUUCGACUUCCUCAAAUACGUCUUCGAUGAUGAACAAAAGGUCUUCUCCAAGAUGGACGGCGAGCAGGCCUUCACCUUUGCCGACAUCUACCUGGACGCUAUGGCCAAGAGCAGCAAGUGCAGCAAGAUACUCAAGGACAAGCUGUUGACAGAGCGGCCGGCCGCCGUCAACAUGGCCAUGGUGUGCCUGCUGGUCAACGUGGGGAGGAUGAACACCACCCUGAAUUUCUUCCCCGAAAUGCGAGCCCAACUGCGGACCUACCAUUCGAUUCCUUCGUUACAAGCCCACCAGGACCCGAACGCAUACAAGCAACUCCAGGACGCGCCGCGACUCAAGUCAAUACUCAAGGGCGCCACCGAAGACACGGAGCAGCCGAGCACAAUCGAAGACAUCAUGGACAAGCCCGUUCCGCGAACGAACCCCGUCAACCUCAUCUUCGUCUUAUCGCAGUACGCGCCCAAAAUCUCUGAAGUCCACUUCUUCCCGCCGCGGGACUUCUUCGAUCUCGUCAUGCGACCCAAUCUUAGUAGCCGCAGCCGAGCGACCGCCUUUCUGUGGCUCAUGUGGUGGUACCUCGAGAGCGACUUUUCCAAAGAGGAUGCACUGAACAACCCAUUCGGGCCGGGGCAGUACGGCCCGCCUGAAGAGACUGUUACCAACAACCUGCCCAUCAAGUGUCCUGCUUUUGAGUUCUUGACACCCGAGCAGGAGGCACUGGAGAAUGUGGACACGCCCGAGGAGCAGGACUUUGGCGAGCAAAAGCGAAAAGAGAGGACCGUUAUCUUGGCAAGCGACAUGGCUCCCGUAGUUACAGGCCCCAAGCGCACCAACAAGAAGGCAUUCAACCAGAAUCCAGUCUUCUCGGUGGUAGCAGAUGAUGGCGCAUCUACUCCUGGGCGAGAUCGACAAUCGCCUUCACAUGGCUCAGCAAGAGGACGAGGAAGCAAGCUCGCACGAUCACUCAUAGAGCGCGACUACGGCUCAGACACAGACCGCACACGAUCGGCAUCGCCUCCCAUUAGCGUGUAUAAUACCGGCAAGAAAGCUACACCAAAUAUGCGCAUCAACACACUCUUAAAUGAAGAUGCACCUGCCUCUUCACCCGCUCCGAAGGGGCCUGGUCGCGGUAACUGGUCUCGCAAAACUGCGUCUGCCACGCGAGGCUUCAAGUCCAAAUUAGACGCUACAAACUCUCAAGACGGACAGUCACCGUCUACUAAUGCUCCUACCUUCUCCGGACCACACGGAUUCUAUCUGCCUCUCAACGGGUCGGAUCCAACGCACAAACGCACCCGCCCCUUGACCCAGCACCAACUCGCUGUCGAGCAGUACCGUCGUCGACGCGUCGACGUCAUCCUCGAUCGCGGUAUUCGUAAGGAGUACAAGCUUGCUGCUCAACGGCGACGCGCGCAACCGCCACUCUUAAGAGCUUGGACACGGUGCAAAGGCAUCAAGGACGGGUACGACUCAGAGGAGGAAGCAAACGGUUCUUACCAGCAAGAUGGAGAUGUUAGCAACCAGAGGGUAGAGCCUCCACUUCUUGCGGGUCUAGUACCCAUCGACUACGGUGGCGAGGAGAACGAUUAUGGCGAAGAGUGCUAUCACCGCGCUAAAAUGCUCAGUCGCGUGAUGCGGCGAAUGGAACGCUGGGAAGAGAAUAAGGGGGUGGUCCGCACGAGGCCAAAGGGCUCGAAUAGAUAUUUGGAGAAUGGCGGCGGGAGAAUGAAUGGGGAAGACGACUUUGCAGACGAAGACGAAGAAAUGCAGGACGCGGAGGAUCUGGAUAGGCGAGAUGACAGCGAGGACGAUGAGGACGAUGACGAGCAGGUGUACGAUUCACAUACGCUGCCACCGUUGCCGCACAUGGAUUAG